GGCUGCCGGCGGAGGCGGGGACAAGCAGAGGGUGGGCUUCGAGGGGAGCUGUCGCCGGUGCCRCCGGCACCGGGAGCGUGCCAGCCAUGGACGCCACCACGCUGGAGCUGGACGCGGUGAAGUUCGCGCAGCUGGCGGUGCAGCGGGACCAGAGCGGGCGCUACCAGGAAGCGGUCUUCUACUACAAGGAAGCUGCACAAGCCUUGAUUUAUGCUGGGAUGGCUGGGUCCAACUUGGAAAAUAUUCAAGAAAAAAUAAAUGAGUACUUGGAGAGAGUUCAAGCUCUCCAUUCAGCAGUUCAGUCACAGAAAACAGACCCUCUGAAGUCAAAGCAACAGUUGGACUUGGAGCGUGCUCACUUCCUAGUUACACAGGCUUUUGAUGAAGAUGAUAAAGGCAAUGCAGAAGAAGCUAUAGAGUUGUACACAGAAGCGGUGGAACUCUGUUUGAAAACAGCUACUGAAACUUCAGAAGCAGGACUCCAGUCCAAACUGAAACAGCUGGCUCGACAAGCACUAGAUAGAGCAGAAGCACUGAAGGAAUCUAUGUCAAAGUCAUCUCAGAAAGAAAAGUCAACUGCARCUAAACCAAAUCAGCCAGUCAGAACGUUCUUUCCAUUGGGACCUGAUUUUUCUUUAAAUGACAAACCACAGACAAUCAGAGCRGUACAAGCUAGUGAAUCUCAAGGUCAGAGAUACACUGCAGAGGAGAUUCAAGUACUAAGGAAGACUUCAAAGAUUAAUGGCAUUGAAUAUGUACCUUUCAUGAGUGUUGACCUGAGGGAACGUUUUGCUUUCCCUAUGCCUUUUUCUGAUAAGUGUGGAAAGCUACCAUUAUCCCCCAAACAGAAAGCAAUGUUUGCCAAAUGGGUGCGACCAGAUGACAUAACAAAUAACCCUACGAUGAUCUAUACUGUAUCAAGUUUCAGCAUCAAGCAGACGAUAGUGUCAGAUUGUUCUUUUGUGGCAUCACUAGCUAUCAGUGCAGCAUAUGAAAGAAGGUACAACAAAAAAUUGAUCACGAGUAUAAUUUACCCUCAGAAUAAGAAAGGAGAACCAGAAUAUAAUCCAUGUGGUAAAUACAUGGUGAAGCUUCAUAUCAAUGGUGUUCCUAGAAAGGUAAUCAUAGAUGAUCAGUUACCUGUCGAUCAUAGUGGCGAACUUCUCUGCUCUUAUUCCAAUAACAAGAAUGAAUUAUGGGUGUCACUAAUAGAAAAGGCUUACAUGAAGGUCAUGGGAGGAUAUGAUUUUCCUGGAUCAAAUUCUAAUAUUGAUCUCCAUGCACUGACUGGUUGGAUACCUGAAAGAAUUGCUAUGCACUCUGACAAUCAAGCCUUCAAUAAAGAUAGCACUUUCAGAAUGCUUUAUCAGAGAUUUCACAAAGGAGAUGUCCUUAUCACAACAGCAACAGGGGUGAUGUCUGAAGAGGAAGGAGAAAAGUGGGGUUUAGUUCCAACCCAUGCAUAUGCAGUCUUGGAUAUUAGAGAAUAUAAGGGACUUCGAUUUCUUCAGCUAAAAAAUCCUUGGAGCCACUUACGUUGGAAGGGACGAUACAGUGAAAAUGACACAAGAAACUGGACCCCAGAUUUACAAAAAUAYUUGAACUUUGAUCCCAGAACAGCUCAGAAAAUAGACAAUGGCAUUUUCUGGAUUUCCUGGGAGGACCUGUGCCAGUACUAUGAUGUUAUUUAYUUGAGUUGGAACCCAAGUCUUUUUAAAGAAUCUACAUGUAUUCACAGUACGUGGGACGCAAAGCAGGGCCCGGUGAAGGAUGCCUACAGCCUGGCCAACAACCCUCAGUACAAGCUGGAGGUGCAGUGUCCACAGGGUGGUGCUGCCGUCUGGGUCCUGCUCAGCAGGCACAUCACUGACAAGGAUGACUUUGCACACAAUCGGGAAUUCAUUACAAUGGUUGUAUACAAGACUGAUGGCAAAAAAGUUUACUAUCCAGCUGAUCCUGCUCCAUAUAUUGAUGGCAUUCGGAUCAACAGUCCUCAUUACCUGACCAAGAUAAAGCUGACCUCUCCAGGUUCCCAUACAUUCACCUUAGUGGUGUCCCAGUAUGAGAAACAAAACACCAUCCAUUACACCAUCAGGGUGUAUUCCUUGUGCAAGUUCACCUUUUCCAAGAUUCCUACACCUUACACCAUUUCCAAGCGGGUUAAUGGACAGUGGAAAGGUCACAGUGCUGGAGGAUGUGGAAAUUUCAGAGACACCUAUAAAAAUAACCCCGUUUAYCAAUUCCAGCUAGACAAGAAUGGGCCAUUGCUAAUUGAACUACGGGGACCAAGGCAAUACAGCGUUGGUUUUGAACUCGUCACCGUCUCGACUGUAGGAGAUCCUGGUUCCUAUGGCUUUCAGAAAAAAAGUAGUGGUGACUACAGGUGUGGAUUUUGCUACUUGGAGGUGGAGAAUAUAUUUGCUGGAGUUUACAACAUWAUCCCCACCACAUUCCUGCCUCAACAAGAGGGCCCUUUUUUCUUAGAUUUUAACAGUACUACUCCUCUUAAGGUGUCACAGCUGCAGUGAGGAGACAGAACUGUGCAGUACUGUUUAAAGAGAUGGUUUUGAUCUGUCCAGCAUCCUGAGAAAAGGCGAAGAACCUUUACUACACAUGCACAAAAGAAAAUUACAUCCUGAAUURAGAGCAUGGAAUCAUGGAUUGCCARWUAAUUGUGGCAGGCAGUUGGCUGUGGGUUUGCUGCUAUGAUCCAGGAGUGAGCACUGUUCAACRGGCUUGGGAAUAGGCUGAAAUGCAUAUAUUCAAGUGAACCAGCAGAACUCAAUUUAUUGCAGUUUUUCCACACUUUGAAUCAAAGUCUAGUGAGUUACAAGAACUAACAUUGAAUUUCCCUCCUCCCAACAYAGAGGGUAUAUGGGUUAAAGAUUCUAUUCUUAAAAGUAAACAUGUAAGAAAAAAGUAUUCUUGUGUAUUCUGCUUAUUCAGUCUCAGGACCAAAUAGCUUUUAUUACAUAUUUGUGCUGCUAUCKUCAAUGUUUUCAGCACUGAACUGAUUCUCACAUUUAAAUGUAAAUGUACUACUGCUGAGCCAGUAGUAUUCUGUGUGUCAGCUUGUCUGGAAUGUGUACAUAGGAGUAAAGGAAAAAGAAGGUUCCAGCUUUAGCUAUUUCUGAAAGCAGAGCAAUGGCUUUGCUCAUGUUACAUGUGCUUUGAGAGCUGUAACUUCCUAUCUGUAUAACUUUAGUACAUAAUAGAGCAUAAGGUUCUGUGCCUUUCUUCCUGCCAGCUGCCAGACCUAGGCUGCUCCCAAUAAACAGGAAGGCCAGGAGGUUAUCCAGCAGCAGUGUCCAGGCAGUGCAGCACAGCACAGCUUUCCUCCAGCAGCUUUGAAAGGUUUUAAUCUAAAGAUCUGCUGUAAGAUUCACUGUAUCCACUGAGGGUAGUCUCAGUUGGCUGGUUCCCACUAUCAGCAACCCAGCAAAGAAAUGGUUUAUUUUCAUCCUUUUUGUAAAUAUGUAUGCUUUAGGGAAAGAUCAUUUAAACCUUGGCCCGAUACACCACAACUGCAAGGAAUGCACAUGCUUAUUGUACUAUACAAGACAUCUUUGAAAAUAUAACUUUUGCCUUGUAAGGUGAAGCCAGUGAAUGCUUUGAGCACUURGCCAGUGUCAUCAAUAGAAGCAGGGUCAGAGUUCUUAAGAACUCUAURUACAGGAUCUAUAUACAUUGUAUCYGAUGAGG